CGGGGCCGGCGGAGGCGGGGGCUUGGAGCCGGCGAACAUGGCGGCGCGCAGGGCUCUCGGCUGCGUCCGAAAGGCCGCGGCCUGGGCCGGCCUGGGGCUGGGGCUGCUGCUGCUUCUGGCGCCGGGCUGUGGAGGCGCGGCCGACAAGCGCAUCGAGGAACAGGCCGAGCAGCUUUUCAAGAGUGGCCACACGAACAACUGGGCAGUGCUGGUCUGCACUUCAAGAUUCUGGUUCAAUUACCGCCACGUGGCCAACACGCUCUCUGUUUAUAGAAGUGUCAAGAGACUCGGGAUUCCUGACAGUCACAUCGUCCUGAUGCUCGCGGACGACAUGGCGUGCAACCCCAGAAACCCUAAGCCGGCCACCGUGUUUAGCCACAAAAACAUGGAACUGAACGUUUAUGGAGAUGAUGUGGAAGUCGAUUAUAGAAGCUACGAGGUGACCGUGGAGAACUUUCUGCGCGUGCUGACGGGGAGGGUCCCCCCGAGCACCCCGCGGUCCAAGCGCCUCCUCUCUGACGACAGAAGCAACAUUCUGAUUUAUAUGACGGGCCACGGGGGGAACGGCUUCCUGAAGUUCCAGGACUCUGAAGAGAUCACCAACGUAGAGCUCGCUGACGCCUUCGAACAAAUGUGGCAGAAGAGGCGUUACCACGAGAUGCUGUUCAUCAUCGACACUUGCCAGGGGGCGUCCAUGUACGAGCGCUUCUACUCCCCCAACGUCAUGGCGCUGGCCAGCAGCCAAGUGGGCGAGGACUCCCUCUCGCACCAGCCUGACCUCGCCAUCGGCGUCCACCUCAUGGACAGGUACACCUUCUACGUCCUGGAGUUUCUGGAGGAGAUCCACCCGGCCAGCCAAGCCAACAUGAACGACCUCUUUCAGGUGUGCCCCAAAAGUUUGUGCGUCUCCACUCCCGGACAUCGGACCGAUCUUUUUCAGAGAAAUCCUCAAAAUGUGCUGAUAACGGAUUUCUUCGGGAGCGUGAGGAAGGUGGAGCUCACCACGGAGACGGUGGCCCUGAAGCCGGAUCUGGGCGCCCUGGGGUACAGUCACCUCAAGUGCCAAAAGGAUGAAGAACUGACGGAACCACUUAAUUAUGCCGAGCAGCUUCCUGUGGCUCAAAUAAUUCACCAGAAACCCAAGCAGAAGGACUGGCACCCACCGGGAGGCUUCAUCCUGGGGCUCUGGGCCCUCAUCCUCAUGGUGUUCUUCAAGACGUACGGCAUCAAGCACAUGAAGUACGUGUUCUAGGGCCGAGGCCUCGGGGCCCCCCGGUCUCCGCUCGUGCUCCCCGCUCGUGCUCGGGACCCGGCAAGGUCCUUCCGUUGUCUGUGCUAACUGUGGGGUGGGUGGGUCGUGCCUCGGGUGAUGGUUUAAGAUGUUAACUUUUCAGGGUGAGUCCUUCGGGUUUGUUAAUAAAUGUGAAACGGCCCCUCUCCCCCCA